UUCUACGGCGAGUUUGGCCACACCUUUAUGGAGUUUGUCACCAACAGCGGGGAUUAUUGCCAGGCACAACACUGCAGCUGCAGAGAGGAGUGAAUGCGCAGUCUCUGAACUGGGCUUCGUAACAGUUCUCCUUAUAAGUCAUCCCAGACCCUUGUCAUCAUCGUCGUGUUCUGUUGCACGUCCUCAGCCGCAGACAACAACAACAAGGAGGCCUCCCCCCCGAGCUUCCUGUCACGCCCUUUUCUCCCACGGCCUGGAUCUCCACACUGGCCCACGGCUGGAUCCUCAAGUCUGAACGAUUUUACCUAACACCUUACUCCCCGACGCUGCGGCUUUCAUUGAUGGGGUGAUCACACACAACCCCCCCCUACCCGUCCUGUCCUCUGUCCUCCGCUGUGUGUGUGUACAACAGGCGUGACUGUGUCAGCUCUGUACUGGUGUUGCCGUGGAAGUAUUACGCAAGGCCGGUUCUGAUUGCUGGGAGCGGUUUUGGGAGUCUUGGUUUGUGCUGUAAGGAAAUUGAACUGUGGUGUCCCCUCCUCCUCUCUCUCUCUCUCUCCCCCCCUCUUUCUCGCUCAAGAUUGGCAGUAGAGGAAGGAAAGAAAAGAAGGAAGGAAGGAAGUGAAAGCAGGAGUUCAUAGAGAGGUCAUCACCAGUGUUGUACUGAAGAGGCAUCCAUCCCAACUGUGUGUUUCUAAAAAGGCCUUGUUCCAAAUAGUAUUUUCAAUUGAGUAUAGCCCCAACGCGAGGAGUGUUCCUAGUUCCACUGAAAGCCCUCCAGUCUUUCACAAGCUCGGUUGUCUCGGAGCCACCAGCGACGACUCCUCUCUCUUGCGCCUUCCAUUGCAAUACCUUUAUAUCUAUAUGUAAGAAAUCUGUCCCGCUGGAUAUCUCUACCAUCGUGAAGUUGGGACACGUUGAGCACAAAUUAAUGUCAGUAACCAAGAUAGGGGUCAAGAGGUCAACGUAGUCUCUGCAUUGACCUGCCUGUAUUGGUGUUCGCCAAGAAGAGAAAAAGUUGUUUCUGUGAAAUGAGGAGAGGUGCAGUGCAAAUCUAGUCUACUACUCAUUUUUUUUCGAUCCAUCGUGAUUUGACGCAUUGCCGCCGUGAACUUUUCAUCGUCAUCGUGAUCGUCAUCCUUCACCUUGCCAUCAAGUGUUCACUCUGUCUUCAGAAGCAGUGACAAAAGUCAACGAUGAAGGCGAGAAGACCCGAACCGGCAGAGAUCUGCCACAAGAAUAUGCGCUUUCUCAUCACGGACAGGCCCACAGACUCCAACCUGGAUAAGUUUGUACAGGAGCUGGAAAAGCAUGGUGUGAAAGAUGUAGUGCGAGUUUGUGAACCCACCUACAGCAAGGACAAACUGGCUGAUAAUGGCAUUCGAGUUCUGGAUUGGGAAUUUGAUGACGGCAGCCCGCCUCCACCGGAGAUUGUCCAAGACUGGUUCAACCUGCUGAAGAGUCGCUUCACGGAGGACCCAGGCUGCUGCGUGGCCGUACACUGUGUGGCUGGGCUAGGGAGGGCUCCUGUACUGGUUGCUCUCGCACUGAUGGAAGCAGGACUCAAGUAUGAGGAUGCAGUGGAAAUGAUUAGAGAGAAGCGGCGCGGUGCUAUCAACACAAAGCAGCUUGCCUACCUGGAGCAUUACAGGGCCAAGGCGAGGCUCCGGCAAAAGAACGGACGCAAUGGAGGGCAUCACGGCUGUACUGUGCUGUAGGUCGACCACUCGGGGUGACCCCGGCUGUUUCAACCACUACAACACAACGUGUAUGUGUGUGUGUGUGUGUGAGCUGCCUCCUGGGGGGAAGAUCAAAAGGAAUACGGAGCCCUUGUUUGUAUUAUUGUCAAUGACUCUUCUCUUGGCAUAAGUAGUGCUGUAUUAUACAUAUUGUUCCAUAUUUUUAAAAAAUUUGUCAAGUUUAGUUUGGAGGAGCAUUCAUACAGCUGUAGCGAGAGUUUCCAGAAGUGCUUGUUGCAUUGAUUUCUGCUGCAGAUGCCUGCUGUGUUUGAUUCAACAUGAAUUUGGUCAUUGUCAGUGCUAACUAAAUAUAUUUUGUUAUUAUACUCCUGUUUGUAUCGGGUUAGAGCAGUCUCUUUACUUGAAGAAGCUUCGAACACUGAUGUUUUGUUUUAUUGGUAUCUGGUGCGUUUAACGUUUUCCGGGCAUUUUUAUCUGAACAUAGUAAGCAAGUGUGGUUUCUGUUGCAACUGUCUCCCAACCCAAAUUCUACAGAAUAUUUUUCUUACACUAUUGUAUAGAAAGAAAGGGGUGUAAUUUUUGUUAAUUCGUCUCUCUCACAUAUCCCAUCUAUGGUAACACUUUGGUCAUCAUCAGUGCAAAAGAACAUCCUGUCUGUAGGUACUGUGUGGUAGAGAAUGGGACUGAUGAACCGUCUUGUGUCUUGUUAUAUGUACACCAGGGUGCUUAAGCCAAAUGAAAUGAUCUGCUGACUUUGGAUGGGCGAGCUGUUGCAAUAUAUGAUUUUUGUGUUGGGCGUGAGUGGAAAUGUCUCAGGGUAAAAAUGGAGAACAGAUGGGUUUGUUUUUUUAGUAUAAACAUUUGUGAUUGGCGUGAAAAGAGUACCUCGACCUGGUUUGUUCGCUGGUUGUUUUUUUUCUCCAGUCUUUAGAAAGUGGAAAUAAUUGAGUCCUGCUAGCUCAUGCUCUUGUUCUCCUGGCUUUGUAGCUGACCUGAUCCACACUGGGUCCUGCAUUUACUUUUUUUUUGUGCCACCACCCUAUAUGGGUAAAAUUUUGCACAAUGUGGAAUUACAUUUUUUUAAAAAGUUUUAUUUUGCUGUCAAAUUGAAUCUUGUUUCAGCAUCAAAUAUAACUUCCCUGUAAACCCCCCCCCCCCCAUCCUUUCUAGUGAUGAAUAGGAACCUCAGUGUCAGCUUGUGCUGUGGAAACUAGCCCAAUUUAGGUGAGUUUCAUCUGAUCUGGAAGAAAAAAAGAUGUACCAGUUUAGAUAGGUGCUGUUUGUGUGAUUUUAACAAAUGAAACGGUGAAAGACUUGCUAGUGUUUAAGACUGACAGACAGGUCUGCGAUUAUUCAGAACGUGGGAUUGUUGCGUAUGUGUGUGUGUGUGUGGUGCGGAAAGAUGGUUUGUCAUGUGUUGUGAAAGGGAGUCUUGUCUUUGUUGGAGAGUUUUUGAGUAAGAGGGAAACUGUUAGUGGUAGCUGGGGUGAGAAUAUGUUUGUUGGAGUGUAUUUGAGUAA